GAAAGAGAGAGAGAGAGAGAGAACCACAUCCUGGGUGUUCAUUAUAUAUUAUUAAAGUCUAUACCUGAAACUGAAUGCUCUCCAUAGUGUGGAUAACAGAGGCAAUGAAAAUGCCUUCUCUUUUCUCUUUCCCUACUGCCAUCUUUCUUCUUCUACUUCCUGGAGUUUUUCUAGAAUCCUGCGAAGGAAUCAUAGGAGGAAAAGAAGUAGCACCUCAUGCAAGACGCUACAUGGCUCUUAUCAAAGGGCUGGAAAUCUGCGCAGGGGCUCUGAUCAAAGACAGCUGGGUGCUGACAGCUGCUCACUGUGAUGUGAAGGAAAAUCCUCAAAUUAUUCUUGGGGCCCACUCUACAUCCCCUAAAGAGAAACUUGACCAAGUAUUUUCUAUUCAAAAGGCAAUUCCCUAUCCAUGCUAUGAUCCACAGACAUUUGAAGGGGAUCUUCAACUCCUUCAGCUGAAAGGUAAAGCAACUAUGAGCAAAGCUGUGGGAAUACUUCAGCUACCCCAAAGAGGAGAAGACGUCAAACCCCACACCAAGUGUCAUGUGGCAGGAUGGGGAAGCACCAAAAAAGACUCUUGCAAAGUUUCACAUGUCUUGAGAGAAGUCAAUGUCACCGUGAUAGACCGGAAAAUAUGCAAUGAUGCAGAGCAUUAUAAUUUCAAGCCAGUUAUUGAGAACAGUAUGAUCUGUGCUGGUGGUAACAAAGGUGAAGAUGAUUCAUGUGAAGGGGAUUCUGGAAGUCCUCUGAUAUGCAAUAACAUUUUCAUCGGUGUCACUUCCUUUGGAAAAUGUGGUAACCCCAAGAAACCUGGUGUCUACAUUCUCCUUACAAACAAAUAUCUCAACUGGAUAAAGAAAACCAUUGCAGGAGCCAUAUGACAUGGCUUCUUCAAAACAGACAUCUGAGGUGACUUCCAGGAGACUCCAAGAAAAGGGGGCUUAAACUUGACCUGACCUAAGAAGCACCUCAGAGAGCCUCCCAACUUUGUGCGUGAAUUAUAGUCUGUCUCAAGAGCCAUCAGUCAAAGAAGUGGCUUCCUGCCGUCACUCCGGCAUGCUUUGCUGAGAUUGCAUCUUCUUCGCACUUAUUCUCUUUCCAUAGCAAGAGACAUCCUUUGGGGAAAAGUUCCUCUAUUCAGAAACCCCUUGCUUUAUUCAAAAUUUGAGGAAUGUCCCUACUGUAUUUGCUGUUGAAAAGAAUCUGAUCCCAGAAAAAAAAACAGAAUAUACUUCAACUUUCCAAAAUUCCUGUGACCCUUAGAAUUUAGAGCUUGAGAUUUUAUUCAAUAUGGAAUUAUGAAAGAGAUGGAGGGGUAUUUUUCUUUCUUACUUUAUACUUCUAUAUAUUUGAACUUUUUACUAAAUUCUAAAUAUAAGACAAUAAGAAAGAUUCAGUGUAUGUUUUAGAUAUUUGAAAAAUGUGAAGUUUCAAGCAAGCAAUAGUUCAGAGAAAUUGUAUCAUUUAUUAGUUACAAAUAGAAUAAAGUUUCAUCUGCCAGUAGGCCUCAGUUCAUUCAACUUAUAGAAAGAAGUGCAUUGGGUCUUGGCUCUACACAUGAGCACUAAACUUAGUUCUAUGUUAAUAAAUUGAUACACAACAAAGAAAACUGACUUCUUUUACCAUUUACCAUUUGUAUCUUAUCUUUUUGUUUUGCUUUUUCUCCAAAGAGCUAACUUACAAUAAAGCCACACUUUAAUGAUU